AUGUUUGCCGCCAGAUUUGAUCCAUCCCAGGUCCAAGCUACACCACAAACAUCCAGUGUUAUUCAAAACCGGCCCCGCCCAGUGGUUCCCUCAAAAAGAGGCAAUGAGUCGGACGAUGAAAGCGAAAGCGAAAGUGAGAGCGCAAGCGAACUAGAGGGCGUGAAAGAGAGCCAUGGGUCAGACAAAAGUGAUCAGGAAGAGCCUGAUCAGGACUCUGAUGUUUUGGAAAAUACAGGUUUUGGCGUGAGCCAUAUUGAUGAGGUAACAAAUGGAAAUACACAGUCCAGCAUUGGGACUGCACUCAACGACAAGCAUUCCGGAUUGUACAACCGUUUCCAGAAGACCAUUUCUUUGCAGGAAAACUUGAGACCUUCAGAUAUGGUAGAUUCGGAAGAUGACAACACAGAACAACUAGAACAACACGAUCUCGUACCAAUACCACAACCAGCGGUAGUCAAAAAUAUCUACCCUUCAACAGAAACGACCAGCGCCAUGAGCAAAUCGGCUGCUUGGCUGCAAACGCAAAAGAUCCAUUAUGACAACUUCAUGGUGAAACCUUUCGCAAGCUACGAUACGCUACUCAACGAAAAACUGCUGGCCAACAUCAUUACCAAGUUUUCGAGCCAGACGUUUCCAGUGCAGACCAUAUUGCUCGAUACGGUGCUGCCGAAGCUGAGCUUCGCGCAGUCUGUCAGUAAAAGACGUUUCCCCCGCCGUGUUGGAGACAUCCUUGUCAAUGCGUCAACAGGGUCCGGUAAAACUUUGGCAUACUCCAUCCCCGUGGUACAGUCUCUCUCAAAGCGCACUGUCAAUCGGCUGCGAUGUCUGAUUGUUGUUCCGACCAAGAUUCUGAUUCACCAAGUCUUCGAAACGCUAACCAAGCUCUCACAAGGAACGAGCCUUGUCACCGGUAUUUCUAAGCUGGAAAACUCCUUAAGAGAUGAACACAACAAGUUCCAAAACCAGCAACCCGAUAUUCUUAUUAUUACACCGGGCCGAUUGGUGGAUCAUUUGCAAUUGAACUCCUUUGAUUUGAAAAACCUCAAGUUUCUGAUUCUCGACGAAGCAGAUCGCUUGUUGAAUCAGUCCUUCCAAAACUGGUGCUCAGUGAUAAUGAACAGGCUCAAAUCCGACAAAAACGAAAAGGCUCCUGUGAAUGUCAUCAAAAUGGUUUUCAGCGCUACAUUAACCACCAACACUGAGAAAUUGCAUAACUUAGAGCUCAACAGGCCUUCUCUGUUCAUGAUGGACUCUGUUAAACUCUACCAUCUACCGAAACUUUUGCAAGAGUACAAUAUUCAGAUUCCUACAGCAAAGAGCUCCAAGAAGCCUUUAUUCAUAUUGCAACUCAUUUGUGCGCUUUCCAAGGACGACUCCAGAAUUUUAGUUUUUGCUAGAAGCAACGAAGCGUCUCUGAGACUUUCGACUCUUCUACAGCUAAUGCAUGCUAAACGGGUUGUAAACAUGGGAGCGAGUUUUGAAGUGACUUCAAUCAAUUCUAACAACACUAAGGGCCUCAACAACAAAUUGAUCAAACAGUUCGCUGCCGCUGAUUUGAAAAAUACUGUUAAAGUGCUUGUCGCUACAGAUUUGAUGUCAAGAGGUAUCGACAUCGACAACAUCACCACCGUCAUAAAUUAUGACCUGCCAAUAUCUUCCCAACAGUACGUUCAUCGUUGUGGUAGAACUGCUAGAGCCCAAGCUCAGGGUGUGGCUUUCAAUCUGCUUGUCGGGAAGGGUGAGCAAAAGUUUUGGUCGGAACACAUCGACAGCGAUCUCAGUAGAGACGCUGAUGGCUGUCAUCCCCAGUCGUAUGAUGAGGUUGAUGCCUUGAAGGACAUUUUGAUGACUAGUUCAGAAGUUGAUGAGCAGUACCGGGACUGCUUGGAACAGCUAAAGGGCGAAGCUCAGGAUCGUUGA